CAGCAGCCGUAUUUCCCAUCACCGGCACCGGGCCAGGCCCCUGGACCAGCUGCAGCAGCCCCAGCUCAGGUACAAGCUGCAGCAGCCGCUGCAGUUAAAGCGCACCAUCAUCAGCACUCACAACAUCCACAGCAGCAACUGGACAUUGAGCCGGACAGACCUAUUGGAUAUGGAGCCUUUGGGGUUGUCUGGUCAGUAACAGAUCCACGGGAUGGAAAGAGAGUUGCACUCAAAAAGAUGCCCAACGUCUUCCAAAAUUUGGUCUCUUGUAAAAGGGUCUUCCGGGAGUUGAAGAUGUUGUGUUUUUUUAAGCAUGACAAUGUACUCUCUGCCCUCGACAUACUCCAGCCUCCACACAUUGACUAUUUUGAAGAAAUAUAUGUUGUCACUGAGUUGAUGCAGAGUGACCUCCAUAAGAUUAUCGUCUCUCCUCAGCCGCUCAGCUCGGAUCAUGUCAAAGUUUUUCUUUACCAGAUUUUAAGAGGUCUGAAAUACCUCCAUUCUGCUGGCAUUUUACAUCGAGACAUUAAACCAGGGAACCUACUUGUGAACAGCAACUGUGUUCUGAAGAUUUGUGAUUUUGGAUUGGCCAGGGUGGAAGAGUUAGAUGAAUCUCGACACAUGACUCAGGAAGUUGUCACCCAGUAUUACCGAGCUCCAGAGAUCCUGAUGGGCAGCCGCCACUACAGCAAUGCUAUUGACAUCUGGUCUGUAGGCUGCAUCUUUGCAGAGUUACUUGGGCGAAGAAUAUUGUUUCAGGCACAGAGUCCCAUCCAGCAGUUGGAUUUGAUCACAGACCUGUUGGGAACGCCGUCACUGGAAGCGAUGAGGACGGCUUGUGAAGGCGCCAAGGCACAUAUACUCAGGGGUCCUCAUAAACAGCCAUCUCUUCCUGUCCUAUAUACACUUUCCAGUCAAGCUACACAUGAAGCAGUUCAUCUCCUUUGCAGAAUGUUGGUCUUUGAUCCAUCCAAAAGAAUAUCUGCUAAGGAUGCCUUAGCCCACCCGUACCUCGAUGAAGGGCGGUUGCGAUACCACACUUGUAUGUGUAAAUGUUGUUUCUCCACAUCUACUGGAAGAGUUUAUACGAGUGACUUUGAACCCAUCACUAACCCCAAGUUCGAUGACACUUUUGAGAAGAACCUCAGUUCUGUUCGGCAGGUGAAAGAAAUUAUUCAUCAGUUCAUUUUGGAACAGCAGAAAGGAAACAGAGUGCCUCUCUGCAUCAACCCUCAGUCUGCUGCUUUUAAGAGCUUUAUUAGUUCCACGGUUGCUCAGCCAUCCGAGAUGCCACCAUCUCCACUGGUCUGGGAGUGAAGUGGAAGAGAAUAAACUACUGAAGAUGUAAUGUAGCUUUCCACUGGAGUCUGGGAUUUGCAAUUCUGGAGGUUAAUCAUGCUUGUACUGUAAUUUUACUAAUGAAGUUUUAAAUUAACAACCACUACUUGUACAAUAUGAAUAAUAUUUAGAGACGUACUAGACUUUUAAUCUUGUAAAGUGGUUGUGCUUUUAGAAGAGAAUAUUUUCCCCAGAGUUGCACGUGUUUGAUGAAUUGUGGUGCAGCUGCGGUGGCUCAGCCCGGAACAAACGGAAUCGAACCAAAUUGGGGAGGGUUUGUCUUUUUUUUUUUUCCUUUUCCUUUCUGUUUUUUAUUGCAGUGGGUCUGUACAAACACCUUUUGAUAUUGAGCCAUUCCUGAGGAUUUUGGGUUUUCUAAAACUAAGGAAUACAGAAAACUUGACUGCGACCAAUCAUGAAGUCCCGUUGGGAGACAGCGGCCACGCGAUGGCACGUCCCCGACCGAGCCCUAUAAAUAGCUUCUCACUAGAGCUGUGAUGGUGAUGUGUGCUGUUCUAAAACCAGAUGUUGUGAGUAGAGAGAAUGAGUUUGUGACUAGGAGAGACUAAACUUCUGUUUCCUUACCCAGUAUAAAUAUAUAUAUAUAUUUAAUCUAUUUUUAUU